AUGCCGAGUCUGAAAGAGCAGCUAAAGCUCAGAAUCGAAAGUGAGGUUCAAACCCAAAUUCAUGUCGGCAGGUCAUUCGCAAUGAGGCUUGAAACAAGAGCUUACAGCGACUUGCAUGGUACAAAUGAAGUAAAUAGCGGGCCGCUCUCGCUAAAAGGACGCGGAAACGCCAUAUCGAUAAGCCCCAGGGAACAGCUCCAGGCAGUUUCGGCGCAUUGGAGCUCGAACCCCAGCUUCCCCUCCAACCUCCAACCCCACCUGAGACCAAACAUCACCACCCAAAGUCAACAUCACCAGCCUCUGCCCUCCCGACCUUACCAUCUUCACAUUACCGCAAUCACCAUGUCUGCCGGGCCGGUCCACCCCUCCUCUGAACCGGCAAGAUGGAAGUAUCUCGACAGAAUACGCACCCGGCCAGGGCCCUUCACCACCCCCGAGAUGUUCAGCGGUGAAACGAGCGCAGAAGCCAUGGACAAGAUGAAGAUCCUCGUUAUCGGCGCCGGCGGUCUAGGCUGCGAGCUCCUCAAGAAUCUCGCCCUCUCGGGCUUCAAAAACAUCCACGUCAUCGACAUGGACACCAUCGACAUCUCCAACCUCAACCGCCAGUUCCUCUUCCGCCAGUCAGACGUCGGCAAGUUCAAAGCCGAAGUCGCCGCCGCCUUCGUCGAGAAGCGCGUCAAAGGCGUCAAAAUCACCCCACACAACUGCAAAAUCCAAGACUUUGACGAGGAUUUCUACAUGCAAUUCCAAAUCGUCGUCUGCGGCCUCGACAGCAUCGAAGCCCGCCGCUGGAUCAACGCCACCCUCGUCAACAUGGUCGACGAGACGGUAGAAGACAGCUACAAACCCCUCAUCGACGGCGGCACCGAAGGCUUCAAAGGCCAAGCCCGCGUCAUCCUCCCAACCAUCACCUCCUGCCUCGAAUGCCAGCUCGACAUGCAUGCCCCCCGCGCCGCCGUCCCCCUCUGCACCCUCGCGAGCAUCCCCCGUCAGCCAGAACACUGCAUCGAAUGGGCCCACGUCAUCGCCUGGGACAAAGAGAAACCCUUCCCCCAGCUCGACAAGGACGACCCCGAGCACAUCACUUGGCUCUACCAAAAAGCCCUCCUCCGCGCAAAGGAAUUCAACAUCUCGGGCGUGACAUACUCCCUCACCCAGGGCGUGGUAAAGAAUAUCAUCCCGGCCAUCGCGGCAACAAACUCGGUCAUCGCCGCGGCCUGUUGCAACGAAGCCCUCAAAAUCGCUACCAACUGCGCCCCUUAUUUGGGCUACCCGGAGAAUAACUACAUGAUGUACUCGGGCAACGACAGCAUAUACACGUACACGUUCAAGCACGAGAAAAAGGACGACUGUCCUGUUUGUGGUGUUUCGGCGAGGGAGUUGGCGGUUGACCCAAAGUGGACGCUGCAGGAGCUGGUGGACUCGUUUGCGGCGAGGCCGGAGGCUCAGCUGAAGAAGCCGAGUGUGAGGGCGGAGGGCAAGACGCUUUAUAUGCAGAGUCCGCCUAGUUUGGAGGAGCAGACGAGACCGAACUUGGAAAAGACGCUUGCGGAGGGGCUGGGGUUGAUGGAUGGGCAGGAGAUUGGUGUUACGGACCCUGCUUUUGCUACGGUUUCGUUCAAGUUUAGGUUGAAGUUUACUUGA